AGACACGAUAAACAAAUUUCAAUCAAUAUAUAAGCAAAUUUCCAAUCAAUAUAUAAGCACCCAUAUUCCCUGAUAUUCAUGUCAUUGCGGAUCGCAGUUCUUGAUUUUUCUCCACUUGAUUUUUCUCUACGGAAUUGGACCCAUCGUACUUUCGAUCGUAUCGCGCUUACGUUGCCCAAAUUGCGAUGGCACGCGUUGUUCUUUUAGUGACCGCGCUAGCGGCCAUAUGUUAUAUGAGCCAGGCCAUUCCGGUGCCAGUGGAAAAUGUGGGAACUGUGCUUGCUGCGCAAGCUGAAUUGCAAGACAUCAUUGGCAAGAUAAAGGAAAUAUUUAAUCAGAUUAAAAGCGAAGCGGGAGGCAAAUUCGAGGAUAUCGUGAAGAAAGUCAAGGAAUAUUUGAAAGAACUCCAGGAAAAGAAAAAUAUCGACGAAAGUGCUUUCGAGCUAGAGGCUGAAGAAAAUGCCGAGAAAUUACAAACACAAAAUGCAAACGAAAUUUUUGAGAAACUAGUAGAAAGGAAGAAACAAAUCGAGCAGAAUUUCCAGGAUGCGCUCAAUGAUAGAGCUGAGAAGAUUAACAACAUUAUCGACAAGUUCAGUAGCGAGGAAACGCGUGAAAAAUUGAAGGAGUGGUUAGAUAAAAACAAAUCAAAGAUCGAAGAAAAAAUAAAAGAGAUACUCGAAAAGAUACAGGAACAUAGUCAAACUAGCGGUAGUCAAACUUAUGGCACUGUUUUAGGCAGAGACACAACGAGCAUUAUCAACAAAAAUAUGAAAAAGUUGAAGGAUAACGCCCGUGAAGGCAUAAAGAAACUUGAGGAAAAUGCAAAAGAAAAUCUAAAAGAAUUCACGGAGAACGGUGAAAAAUUGAAGGGAGAAUUAAGCGACCGGACGAAUAAAAUCUUGGACAAGCUUAAGGACCUGAGGAAAAAUGCCGAAGAGAACAGCAAAGUACUUAAAGACAAGGUGCAAAAGGGAGCGAACGAAGUGGCUGGCAAAGUAAAAGAGACGGUGACAGGUGUUAUUGAAAACAUUAAGAAAGACGCUGCUAAAUGGAAGGACGACUUGAACGAUCUAGUCGGAAAAUUGCAGAGCAAAGCCGGUGAAUUGAAGAAAAAGUUUGAGGAAGGAUUCAAGGAAAACCUCGGAAAAGUAAAGAAAGAAUUCGGCGAAUGGAAGGAAAAGCUUGAGAAAGAAGCCGAUAACGUGAGGAAAAUGUUAGAGGAAGAAUUCGAAAAAAUAAAGGAAAAAGCAGGUGAAUUAAAGAAAAAGUUGGACGACGAAGCCGUUGAAGUGAAGAAAAAGAUCGAGAACCAAGUCGAUAACUUGAAAAAAAUAGCAAAGGAACAACUUGUAAAGGUACAGGAAGAGAUAAAGAAAAUCAAGGAAAAGUUCAAUACCGAAGUUCCUAAACUGAUAGAAUUGUACAAGGAAAAAGCCGGUGAAUUUAAGAAAAAGUUAGAGGAAAUAGUCAAUAAACAUCAGGAAGACGUUAAAGAAUUACUGAAAGAUGGUGUUGAAAAAAUAAAAAAAGGAGGUGUUGAAUUGAAAAAAAAAAUGGAGGAAAAAGCUAAAAAAAUCAAGGAAAAAGCCGGUAAGUCGAAGAAAGAGAUAGAGGAAAAAGCCAAAGAAUUAAAGAAGCAUUUGGAAGAUAAUAUGGAGAAACUGACGAAGAACUUGGAAAAACAAGUCAAUGAAUUGAUCCCAAAAUUACAGAAAGGUUUCGAAAAAGUAAAGAAAGAAGCCGGUGAAUUGAAGACAAAGAUGGAGGAAGGAGUUGAUAAAUUGAAGGACGCGUUGAAAAGUGGUGCCGAGAAAUUAGAAGGAAAAGCAGAAAAAAUAACUGAUGAGUUAAAAGACAAAAUAGGGAAAGGAACGGAUAAAUUGGGUGAAAUGUUGAAAGGCGGUGCCGAGAAAUUAACAGAUGGCGUCAAGAAAGGUAACGAAGCACUUAAGAAUAUCAAAAAGAAGUUUAUGCCUAAAACGGCAGGCAUUCUAACAGACGGUAUUGGAGGUAUCAUGGGCAACGUAAAUAAAAUAAUAGACGGUGCUAUGGGAAUCGUAGGUAAUACAACAAACAUGGUAGGAGACACGCUAAAAAAACUCGGAGACCUUUUUACGAGAGAUGUUAAAAACCAGACUGAUAAAAUCUAAGAAGAGAUAGAGGUAAUGUCGGCGAGAGUCAAUAAAAAGAAAAAUGAAAUGGCAAGCAAGAUCGGAAGAGUUUCGUCUUUUGUCGCCGGCGGCCCUUUUAGCCGAGGAUUUUGAUUAAGCUUAUUUGGUUAAAAACACAAUUUAUUAUUUUGGUUCUGUUCAAUCAAAGUUUAUGUGUUCGAAAGAUGCCACAUUGCCAGAUGCUAACUUCAAUGUCAAGAAUUCUCUAAAAUUUUAUAAUUUUUAAUAGCUAUGAUCUAUAAAUAUUUUUUAUACAGCCGUUAAAUCCAGUGAGCAAAGUCUGUAUCAUAUCGUUGUCAAUGUUUCUUAGUUUUUAAAAUUUAGCACUAGUUAAUAAAUCUUUUAUGUAAUAAAUCGUUUAUGUUUUAUCAUCUUUAUCUUAGUUAAGAUCCUCUACAAAAGUACUUUUUCGGAAUUGUCAAUGUCGUACAACUCUUAUCAUGAUUAACACUUAGUAAAGAAAAGGAAUAAAGGACAUGUAAUAUUGUGAAAUUGACUUUAUCUUUUGACUACAAAUUUGAUAGAAAUAAAAAGAAUACUAUUAUG